AUGGCCACCCUCUGGAGCCGAUUCCGGAAGUUCUGCGGCACCGCCUUCCUGGGCCCGAAGGACCUCCUGGCCAAGCUUCAGGGGCUACGGCUAGAGUCCGAGGAUGAGGAGAAGAGGUCCAACCAGCGAAAGCAGGACUUCGGCCUCUCCACCUCGUCCAGCAUGCCACUGGCUGCGCGCAUGGGAGGCCAGCACGGUCCGUUGGUCGUUGACCAAAGGCAAUGGGAAGGAAGCUUGCCCCGGUGUGGCUGGGUUGGAGGCCACGAGAGGUUGCUUUUCGAAGCUCUGGACCUACACGACGAGGGCCUGCUGGGCCAGAGGAACUUCUUCUGGCUGGACCAGGAGGUCCGACGCUAUGCCUUGAAGUGUGAGGCAAAGCAGAAGGCGUCUGAGGAUCACCGUGUGCGUGUGGCGGCGAGGAAGAAUCGUCAACGAGCACUGUCGGACUUCAAGGCAUACGUGAAGCGACACUUCGGUGACAGCUACCACGCCUGGCGUCGGGCUCUAGACGUCGACGGCACCAUGAACCUGCAGCGAGCCGAGCUCUUCAAGGUCUGUCGCCACCUCGGAUGGAAGGGCGACGUGCGGUUGCUCUGGCAGGCCUUGGAUUCGGAUGGCGCAGGCACCUGCUCCCUCCAAGAGCUCGACGCCCGCUGCGCCCGCCAGCUGGCGCGUUUCCGGCGUUGGGCCGAGGUGAAGUUUGGCAUCCGCCCUGCGCAUGCGCUGUGGAAGGCGGUGGACCGACGGAACAAGUACCGCCUAUCACCUGAGACGUUCCAGAAAGAGUGCCUGAGACUUGGGGUGGAGUUCCAAGAGCAGGAGCUAAGCGAGCUCACACGCUGGUUGGAUUGGCAGGAGAAGAAGGCCCUCACGCUGGACGACCUCCUCUUCAUGGACAUUUGGAAGCCGCCGGCCUAUCUGGUGGCCGAACCGAACCCAGAGGCAGCAACGCAGAUACGGACGCUGUUAAAGGAGAAGUAUGGCCAUCUGCUGCGUGCCUGGCGGCAGGCGAUGGACAAAGACAACUCCAACACCUGCAACUGGUACGAGUUUCUGGCCGCGUCCCGCUCGCUAAAAUUCGCGGGCGACGUGGCCGGCGCAUGGCUGCACUUCGACAAGGAUCUCAGUGGAUCCAUCUCCUUGGCGGAGAUCGAUCCCCAGUCCAACGACAUGCUUGUGGAGUUCAAGAAGUGGGCCGACGGCGAGUUCGGCGGGGUUCGUGCAGCUUUUCGUGUUUUGGACAAGGACAAGUCCGGGCAGCUUUCGAUCUCCGAGUUCCGCGUCUCUGUUCUGAGCUUCGGUUUCACUGGAGACGAGGUGACGCUGUUCAGGUGUUUGGACAGCGGGCAGGGCAGACUCCAUCCACAUGAGGUGCACUUCCUUGACGAUUGGGACACCGCCAGCCAGGAUGCUUCGGAGCCAAGUGUCGACUCGCUGCCUGCACGGCCUCGCAGCCAAGGAGGCUGGUCCCGGGCGACCGUUCGCCGGCCAGAGACCUCGAUGCAGGAAUCCAUCGUGGAGUUCUACACAGACGGGCCAGGACCUGGCAGCUACGAGCUUCCCUCAGCUUUUGCGGCGAAGCCAAAGACGCCAACUGCCAGGCAUUCUGGAACCUGGAGCUUCUGCCGGCGGCCUGAGGCCGCAUGGCUCCAGCAGCUGAAAUCCGUUGGCCCAGAGGCUGGGGCAUCUCCUGCCCAGCCGCGGCGCCGCCCGCCCUCGUGGACCUUUGCACGCGGCCCGCGGAUGGGUGCCGGAAGGGUGGCAUCUCCCGGGCCCGGCAGCUACGAGGCGCAGGCACCUGCUGCGCAGGCCCCGAAGUUCACCAUGGGCAUCAGGCGUAUGGCCAGGAUGCAUCCCAUGGCAUCGCCAAGGUUAACGUAUCCAGGGAGUUCGGUGGAGAAGAAGAUGGUGUACAGCUGCUAA